AUGCGUGAAUUUAAAGAUUGUCUGGAUCGUUGUGAGUUGUCGGAUCUCCAGUAUAGAGGUAAUACCUUCACUUGGACAAUUAGGCGAGUAUCUAAGAAGCUAGACAUGAUCUUGGUUAAUGACGUCUGGUUGCAAUCAUUCCCUGAGUCACUAGGUAUAUUUGGGGUGCUUGGUAUAUCUGAUCAUGCUCCAACUUGUUUGUUUAUGGAUCAACAUAGGCCUAAGCAGAAGUGGCCUUUCAAAUUCUUUGCGCACUUAAACUGCCAUCCUGAGUUCAUGGAAAUUAUCAGAGGCUGUUGGCAUGGUUUUUCCUUUGAAGGCUCCCGUCAAUUAUCAAUUUCCAGGAAGCUAAAAGAACUCAAACCGAUCAUCAGAUCCUUCAGUAAGGAGAAUUUUUCUAACCUGGAGAAAAGAGUUGAAGAGGCCUUUGCUGCCCUCACACAAUGCCAGGAAGUCUCUCUCACAAAUCCCUCAAGCUCUGCUGCUGUGCCUGAGGAGGAAGCUCAUCAUAAAUGGCUAGUUCUAGCGUCUGCUGAGGACUCUUUUCUAAGGCAGCGCUCGAGGAUUCAGUGGACCUCUUUAGGUGAUGCUAACACAGCUUUCUACCACAGGUCUAUCAAAUCCAGAAGGGACAUUAACCAGAUCGAUUUCUUCAUUGGUGAUGAUGACUCCAUUAUUGACUCUCUAGAUGAGAUUAAGGCUCACGCUGUCUCUUACUACAGCAAUGUCUUGGGUGGUCCAGUGACCCCAACUACCUCUUCGCCCCAACUGAUCUCAGACCUUGUACAAUUCAGGUGUUCUCAUGAAUCUAUUGCAGUUCUAAAGUCUCCCUUUUCUGGGUUGGACAUUCAGAAAGCUUUCUUCUCCUUGCCGUCGAGUAAGGCCCCAGGGCCUGACAGAUACCCCGGAUACCCCGGAUAA